CAUAUUUACGACGCUUCCACCAUUCGCAUUUCUCACCGAUCUGAGAUUUGGGAUUCUGAUCGGAGAAUUCUCAAAUGACGGCGGUGGCGGCGAUGUCCAGAGGAGGCUCUAGCCUUUCUUAUCCGGAGCGGUUCUACGCGGCGGCCUCCUACGUCGGCUUUGGCGGAUCUCCUACCUCCGCAGCUAAAGGUGUCGCCUCAAAGUUCUCGAAUGAUGCAGCAUUGCUUCUCUACGCUCUCUAUCAGCAGGCAACUGUAGGACCUUGCAACAAUCCUAAGCCUAGAGCUUGGAAUCCCAUUGAGCAUAGCAAAUGGACAAGCUGGAAUGGGCUUGGAAACAUGGCUUCCACAGAGGCUAUGCGGCUCUUCGUCAAAAUAUUGGAGGAAGAAGAUCCAGGAUGGUAUUCGAGAGUAGCAGACUUUGUUGCUGAGCCUGUUAUAGAUGUAGAAAUAAAUCAUAAAACAGAGGCCGUGGCAGCCUUUGAUAAUAGAAAUGUCAUCAUAGAGUCAAAGACUAUUACCACAGAAAAUGGUAGCCUUUCAGAAACCCAGGAUAAAGAUGUUGUGUCUGAAGGACUUGGAUCAGUUAAUGUUUAUGACCAGUGGGUGUCACCUCCUAUAUCUGGCACACGUCCAAAAGCCCGAUAUGAGCAUGGGGCAGCUGUCAUUGAUGAUAAGAUGUAUAUAUUUGGUGGAAACCACAAUGGUCGUUACCUAAGUGAUCUCCAGGUUUUAAAUAUGAGAACCUGGACUUGGUCUAGAGUUGAAGUUCAAGCAGGGACAGGGGGCACCACAACUCCAUGUGCUGGCCAUUCAUUGAUUCCAUGGGAUGGGAAGCUUCUUUCAGUAGCUGGACAUACGAAGGAUCCUUCUGAAAGCUUACAAGUAAAGGUUUUCGAUCUGCAAAGUUGUACAUGGUCCACCUUGAAGACUUAUGGAAAGCCUCCGGUGUCUCGUGGAGGCCAGUCGGUGACCCUUGUAGGAAUGACUUUAGUAAUAUUUGGUGGGCAGGAUGCAAACAGAUCUCUUUUGAAUGAUCUGCACAUUUUAGACUUAGAAACUAUGACCUGGGAUGAAAUGGAGACCGUGGGGGUUUCACCUUCUCCAAGAUCUGAUCAUGCUGCUGCAGUGCAUGCAGAUCGCUACCUUCUUAUCUUUGGUGGGGGCUCACAUGCAACUUGCUUUAAUGAUCUUCAUGUUCUCAACCUUCAAACUAUGGAAUGGUCGAGACCAACACAACAGGGUGAGAUACCUAGCCCUCGUGCUGGCCAUGCAGGUGUCACACUUGGAGAGAGUUGGUUCAUUGUCGGCGGAGGGGACAAUAAGAGUGGAGCCUCUGAGACUGUUUGUCUUAACAUGGCCACAUUGGCUUGGUCAGUUGUUACUAACGUCCAAGGGCGUGUUCCUCUUGCAAGCGAGGGUUCAAGUUUGGUCCUUAGUUCCUAUGGUGGUGAAGAUAUCCUAGUUUCAUUUGGAGGGUAUAAUGGGAGGUACAACAAUGAGGUCCAUGUACUUAAACCAAGUCAUAAAUCAACUCUGCAAUCAAAGAUGAUGGAGAGACCAGUACCUGAUAGUGUAUCAGCUGUUCAAAACUUUACAAAUGCUACCAGAGAUGUAGAGUCGGAUUUAGAAACUGGCCAAGAAGGAAAAAUAAGGGAAAUUGUUAUGGACAAUAAUGAUGCCGAACCAAAGACUACCAAAAUUGAAGAGACAAAUGAUCGUCUUUUAGCUGCCCUCAAGGCAGAGAAAGAAGAAAUAGAGUCCUUGCUCAAUAAGGAGAAAAUGCAGGCACUCAAACUAAAGCAAGGUUUGACUGAAGCAGAAAAACUGACCGCAGACAUGUACAAGGAACUCCAAUCCGUUCGAGGGCAGCUUUUAGCUGAACAAUCAAGAUGCUUCAAACUUGAGGUAGAUGUUGCGGAGCUAAGACAGAAGCUACAGACAAUGGAGAGCUUACAAAAGGAACUCGAAAUCCUGCAGCGACAAAAGGCUGCUUCAGAACAAGCUGCACAAGAUGCGAAACAGAGGCAGGGAUCUGGUGGUGUAUGGGGUUGGCUUGCUGGUUCGCCACCAAACGAAAAUGGUGGUGCAUGAUCUUGAUCUUAGCUUUAUUACACAUUUGAGACUCAUUCUUUCAGUUUCCUUAAAUUACAAGUCUCAUAGUCCAUUCUGAUUUUGGUGCAAAUAAGAUCGUAAGGAUUCUCAGCCACAGAAGAAAAUGUAUGCAUGUCGAACGAAAGUCUAGGUGUGUAGGCUUUAGGAGGUUGUCAAUGCCAUAUUUUGCUUGAUAGUGAGUGUGAUUCUUCUAUUCAACUUAUGUAUACUUAGAAAUGGAUUAUAUGAGUGAAAAUAUACAUAUUUAUUUAUAA